AUGAACGACACGGCGGACGAAGAACACGUCGGAAGAAGACAACAACAACAACAACAAAAAGAAGAAGACGAAGAGGAGGAGGAGUGGACCACGGUCGUGCAAAACGCGAAAAGGAAAAAGAACAAACCGCCUCUGAGUAAAGGAGGAGGAAAGAAGUCGAAUGAAUUUGAAUCCAUGAACGACACCAUCGAUUCCAACAAUGCGAGCGCGCAAAACUCGCGGAGAAACUCAUUCAACGUCGAAGAACAACAACAACAACACAAAAAGAGGUUUAACAACAACGCGAAAGGUGGAGGAGGUGGAGGAAACAGAGGUGGGAUUAAAAGCGUGAACUCGUGGGACGCGUUGUUGAAGCAGAGAGAUGAAGAUUCGGACGAGGAGGAAGAGGAGGCGUUUGAAGACGCGAAGGAGAAGUUAAACGCGAAGGAGGACGGAGCCGCCGAAGGAGAGGAACACGGAGAAGAAGAAGAGGAAGAGGAGGAUGAGGAGUUGAAACAACGGAAACAGAGAAGGAAGGAGAAGAAAAAACUGCGGAGGAAGAUGAAAGCGGCGCAGCAACAGAUGCAGACGGAAGAGACGAAGGAGGAAGGAGAGGCGUUGGAAGAGCGGAGCGUCGCCGUAUCUUCUGAAGUUUCGGCGACUUCGAGGAGUAAACUUCCCGGCGCGAGGAGUAAUAUUCAAGAGGACGACGACGAUACUGUGACGACGAUGAAAAGGAACUCGGAGAGUUACGGGUCGUUGAACUCGUUAGACGAGGACGAAGAAGAAGAAGAAGAAGAAGAGAUGGACAACAAAAACGACAGCGAAGAGUGGAAGACGGUGGAAAGUAAGAAGAAGAAAUCGGGAUCGUCGAACUCGGCGUCGGCGUCAAAUUUAGCUAAAACGGCCAUGAUGCGAAAGAAUUCAGGGACGACGGAAUUGACGUCGAUGUCGUCGUCGUCGCAACAUUUACAGGAGGAAGAACAACGCCGCGGCGGUAAAAACAAGCAGAAAAAGAAAAAGAAGAAAAGCAAGUCGACUAAAAAGUCAGCAGAAGAAGAAGGAGAAGAAGAAGAUAAAGGCGGUUCAUCGUCCGGGUAUUCUUCCGAACCGGAGUCGCCGUUAGGCACGGAUAGCUCGUUUUCGCUCUCUACGCCGAAUGCGAAUUCGAGUCAGGAGAACAUCGCACACAUGCGAAUGCUGGAGAAGAAGUCGAAAGAAACAGCAACAACUACAUCAAUAUCAACCGCUACGACACCGACAAAAAAGAAGACGAAAAGCGCCGUCGAGGAGAUUGCACAGAUGAUCACGAAGAACGCCGCGUUCAAUUCCGACGACGACGAUGAUGUCAGCGAACGACGCAGGAAGCAACACGAACGAGACAAAUCGUCCACUCGCUUUCCGAGCACGGAAAAACUCAUCGUAUUGCCGCCGAAUUUGACUUCAUCGACUUCGCCGGUCCAUCGACCGUCGUCGCCGUCGUUAGGGCGCGCGAGGCGCGAAAGCGACGACAGUGGUAAGAUUAACGCGUUACGAAGACAACUGUCCUCGGCGUCCAGACAACAGCAACAGUUACAACAACAACAACAACAAAGAGGCCAUCACGGGCACACGCUUUCCUCCGAACGCACUUUCUCGGAAGAUUUACCCUUAGUGCCUGGUCGAUGGGCACAUUUUGUGAACAAAUUAGACGAGUGGGUGUAUUUCUUCACCGACGUGUUUUGGAAAUCUUUAGGCGCAUUUUUGAGCACCAUUUUGAAUUGGUUCCGGGGAGGCACGAGUAAGAAAACCGAAGAAGCGCAACGAAGAGCGAGAGCGAAUUUGAAACGCAUACGCAAAGAAAACUCGAGUCAAAAUUUACUUCAUCUGUCGCAACAAUCGACCGGAAGAACGCCUACGUAUACGAGCGGUUCAGAUGCUGGAUAUCUAACGCCUCCGUAUCUCCCCUCGAUGACGGGUGGCGCGAAAGCGCCGCCGGCGCAGCUCAGAACACCCGCGGUGAAUCCGAAGAAAUAUAGCGGCAAAGAUCAAAAAGAUAAUUUUGGCUUGGACAAUCGAGCGAUAUUGAAUCCUUACUUGGGUUGUUUUGGCGGCGCGGGCGACCGCGCGCCGAGUUUUCGACGCGCAAUCGUCCCGGAAGAGGAUCCGUUUGCACACAACGAACUCGUUUCAUGCGUCGGGUGUUCGAAGACGAACGUUCUACCAAACGCAAAAAUCGUCGCCACCGGUGGUUGGGACGGGACUAUUCGCAGUUGGCGAUGGAAUCCAAACGUCGGUUUGUCCGGCGGCCACUCUUUAUCGGGGCACACCGACCGCGUUGAGUUUCUCUCUAUUGCAGAUUAUAGCAACGCCAGCGCAGGCAUAAUUCAAAAACCUUUCUUGUGCGUGUCCGGUGGUAGAGAUAACACCGUUCGAGUUUGGGAUUUAGAACGAUCGCGUGAAACGCGAAAGAUGUACGUCUUCGACGCCGUCACGUCUGGCGCUGUCGAUUGGCAAUCGGCGACCAUCGCGGUUGGCUCGAGAUCCGGCGCGCUCGGUUUGUGGGAUUUAAACACUGGUCAGAAAAGAGCGAGUAUCCGAGGUCAUCAAAACGACGUCACGUGCGUGAUUAGCUACAACGAACCGUCUUUGGAUGGCGCUGGUUUGUUUGUUUCAGGAGGUGCGGACGGUGUCGUCAAAGUCUGGGAUCCGAGGCAAGAAGUUGCCGCGGCGACCAUGACUGGGCACAGACGCCGCGUUUUUUCCGUAUGCGCCGGACCUCCCGGAGUUAUUUUCGCCGGCGAUUUCUCCUCCUCCGUGAAAACGCACGUGUUAGCGAGACCGUCCGCGAGACCUCGUGAUUUACCAAACGCGCCAAGAAUCGACGGGUGCGAAGCGCCCAUUUCCGGAUUAGAGUAUUGCUCUUUACCAAACGCCACGCCGAAAAGUGCGACGAAUCAGAGAAACUUACAAAGCGGCCAACCCUCUGGAGUGUUGGUUUCCACCGCGGCGUACUUUCCACCUUCGCAAAAGAGUAGAGAAACCCCGCUCUCUAAAGCAGUUUCGAACAUUGCGAGCACUUUGUUGUUACGUAAGACGUCCGCGAACGCCUCAUCGGACCAUCACAAAGACGACCUCCCGGUUCUCGAAACCGCCACCAGCGGCCAAAGCCAAACGUCCACCUUAUCCAGCGCUACGACCAUGGGUGUCUCCGGAUAUUACGACGACGAUGACGACACUUCCAACGACUCCGACGACUCCGACUCCUCCGACGCCCCUCUCGGCCUUCUCCACGUCCGGUGCGUCGACGGCCAAGGCGUCGGCCUCUCCGGCUCGCUCUUCGUCGAACGCGAAGAAGGCGAAGUCGUCUUGGACUCCGACGUUGACAUCAACGGCGGCUAUCUCUACUCCUUACCAGGUACGGAAGGCCUCCUCACGUGCGCAGCAAUGAGCGCCAACGAAUCCACCUCUGAAGUCUCCAUCUUCGCCGGCGCCGCUUCGGGCGCCAUCUGCGCUUGGUCCCAAGGCGGCGGCUUAACCGGCUUGAAACCCGCCGAAACAAAUAAAGACCACGCGGAAUACAGCGACGACGAAUUUCACAAAGAUUGGAUGAUGAAUCAUAAAACCGAUGGGUUUUGGAAGUCCGAGUUCAGUGAAAGCGUCGACGUCGGGUGCGAGAAGUAUUCCGUAGAUUAA